GGGCACGGAGGGAGGAGGAGCCUAGGGUUGGGGAGGGCCCCGGGACUGGGUGGUGCUCUGUGGGCCAAGAGGGCGGGGCGGGGCCCGAGGUCCCCAGGACCGAACCGGAGAUACCGUUUCGGGAUCCCUACCCGGCCAGUGCGGAAAGCACCUGCCGCUCACGUGCCCUCACCCAACCGGAGAGGGGACUUCCUCCGCCUCUCCUGCCGGCCUUUCAAGGGAAGUGAAAGUGAAAGGGAGAAGUGGAGGCUUCGGGGCUGAGCAGAUCGCGGCGCCAUGAAGCCCCUGUCUCUGCCCCUCACCGUGGCUUUGGCCUUGGUGACCGCCGUCUCGGCGGGACCCGCGGUGAUAGAGUGCUGGUUGGUGGAGGAUGCGGGCGGGGGCCGCCUGACCAAGAAACCCGCUGCACUGCUGCUGCGCCAGGGUCCGGGGACCCCACCUCCCCGACCGGACCUCGAACCCGAGCUCUACCUCAAAGUGCAUGACCCCGCGGGAGCACUCCAGGCUGCCUUCAGGCGGUACCCCUCGGACGCCCCCGCGCCACACUGCGAGCUGAGCCGCUACGUCCCGCUCCCCGCUUCGGCGAUUUGGGCCAGGGGCCUGACCCCCGAGCAGAGCUGCCCACGGUCCCUGGACGGAACUUGGCUCAUGGUCAGCAUGUCCAGCCCGAUCUUCAGCCUCUCCAGCCUCCUGAGACCACAGUCCGAGCCUCAGCCCGAGCCUGCUCUCAUCACCUUGGCAACAGCUGUGCUGACUGUCCUCACCCACACCCCCACCCCUCGGAUCCAACUGGGACAAGAUGCUCUGCUGGACUUGAACUUUGCCUACAUGCCCCCCAGCUCUGAGGCCGCUACAUCUCUGGCCCCUGGCCCCCCUCCCUUUGGGCUGGAGUGGCGACGCCAGCACCUGGGAAAGGGGCACCUACUCCUGGCUGCAACUCCAGGGCUGGGUGAGCAGAUGCCAGCUGCCCAAGAGGGGGCAGUGGCGUUUGCCGCUUGGGAUGAUGAUGAGCCAUGGGGUCCGUGGACUGGCAAUGGGACCCUCCAGCUGCCUGCAGUACAGCCCUUCCAGGAGGGCGCCUAUCAGGCCACUGUACACCUGCCAUACCUGCAAGGGCAGGUCACCUUGGAGCUUGCUGUACAGAAGCGCCCCAAAGUAUCCCUGACGCCGGCACCUCUUGUAUGGGCUGCCCCCGGGGAGGCACCCCCCGAAUUGCUCUGCCACGUGUCCCACUUCUAUCCCCCCGAGGGCCUGGAGGUGAAGUGGGAGCUCCGGGGCGGCCCAGAGGGCAGCUUUCAGAAGGCUGAGGGGCAGAGGUGGCUCUCUGCCCUGCGCCACCACUCGGACGGCUCUGUCAGCCUCUCUGCGCACCUGCAGCCCAACCCAGUCACGGCCAAACACCAUGGGGCACGCUAUGCCUGUCGCAUCCACCACCCCACCCUGCCUGCCUUGGGGCGCAGCGCCGAGGUCACCCUGGAGGUGGCAGGUCUCUCUGGGCCCUCCCUAGAGGACGGCGUGGGCCUCUUCCUGUCUGCCUUUCUCCUCCUCGGGCUCAUCAAAGCGCUGGGCUGGGCAGCUGCCUACAAGUCCACUUUGAAGGAUUCAAAGGAGAAGAAAGCACAGUGAGGGCACUCAUCACCAUCCUGGGGAAGCCACCAUCAUCUCUGGCCUGAGCUACUGCAGUAGCGCCCCCAAAUAGUACACCAUCAUCUGCUCAUGCUCCCUCCAGUCUCUCUCCACAGAGCAGCUGGAAUGCUUUGCCAAAGGACACAAACCUAUAGCAUUUCCUUUCUUAGAGCUCUAAGGCAGUGGGUCUCAAAAUUUUUAAAUCUCGGGACCGCUUAAAAAUUGUCAAGAACUCUAAAGAGCUUUUGGUUAUGUGGGUGAUAAACCAUAGAUAUUUAUGCUACUGGAACUUAGUAAGUUAUGCUACUUACUUAGUAAGUUCUAGCAGCAUAAAUUGCUUAGUAAGCAAGCCCGCGUUCCAUGAGCUGGGAGGACAAUGAUGUCAAUAGCUUCUGGAAAGCUCCAGUGUACAUUUUUUUUUUUUUGAGAGAGAGUGAAAAAGGCAAAUAACAUCUUAGUAUUGUUAUGAAUGGCCUUAACUUCGCACACCCACCGAAAUAGUCUCCAGGACCUCUGGGACAAGGGGCACACUUGGAGAACCAGUGCUCUAGAAGCCAAAUCCAUUUCUUGUCCUGGCCUAGGCAUCUGCCGUGCUAGAGCCACUGCUUGCCUCUUCAACCCCACCUGGUGCCCUCCGGCCCUUCCCUCAGUGUUCGCCACACCGAUGGCUAUUUCUUUUUUUCCAAUGGCUCCCACCUUCCCCGGUCUGUUCCCUUUGUCUGGGCCACCCUCGCCCUUCUUAGGCUCCACACCAGGUCAGCCUCCUUACUCCCUCAGACCGCCGCGUGUCCCUCUUGUGCGGUUCACCACAGUUGUAUUUGAGUGACUGUGCGAGCCGUUGUUAGAUGCCUGUCUCCCCUCCCGGGCUGUCGGCUCCUCAAAGGCAAGAACGUGCCUAUCUGUCCACUGCUGUGUCCCCGCUCGGGCACAGGGCCGGGCGCCCACUGGAGGGCGCUCAGCACAAGAAAUCAGUCCUUUUUUUUGUCCUAAGUACUCAAAGGCAAGUGUUCGACCAAAGAACUACUGGACGAAGGAAGCGGCAGCUGGCCUGCGGACCUCCGAGGGGGAGGACCGUCGGCUAGACCGACGCGGGAAGCGGAUCUAAUCGUGUGGGAAUAAAGUUGUGUUCCAGUGCUCCCCA